GCUGCUGCCCGGGAGCGCAACCCCCCCUCGCCUGCCCGGAGCCCAGUGCUCCCCCAGCGCGCUAUGGCCGGGGCCGUGGGGGAAGCUGCGCUGCCGCCCAUCGCCUCCUUCGCCAGCCUGCUGCCCGUGGAGGACAAGCGGGGGCCGCUGCUCCACCCCCGCUUCGCCGCCAUGGAGGGCGGUCCCACCGGGAUCAAGAGGGAGGAGGACGACUUGGGCAAGUUCGUGGACUUGGAUUUCAUCCUGGCCCACACCAGCAGCGCGCAGCAGCCGGGCCCCGCCUACCCCCUGCCCGACACCCCGGAGAGCUGCGGCACAGACGGCGACGGCUCCUACCCGCCCGCCAGCAAGUUCGGGGCCCCCUACCCCGACAGCCACAGCUACAUGGCCGAGCUGCUCACCGCCGACCUGCCGGGCCCCUGCGAGCUGCAGCGGAGGGAAUACACGGAGCUGCGAGUCCCCGGCGGGCUGGGCCACCCGGCCAUGGCCCGGCCGCUGCCCGCGGAGCACAGGGCGCCGCAGCUGGGGGCCCGGAUCAAGCAGGAGCAGCCGGAGGAGCGGGCCUGCCUGCUGGGCAUGGCGGGCGAGUGCCUGGGGCCAGGCGCCGUGGACCACAAGCCCCUCAUGAUGCCCCCCCAGCAGCAGCUCUAUCCCCCCCACCCCGGCUUCCCCCACCCCAGGAUGGGCCCCCCCGAGGAGAUGGGCCCGGCGGGGGAGUGCCACCUGCUGGGCGACCUGCACCCGCCCCUGGGCCCCCAGCCCUACCCGCAGCACUACCCGGCCCACUUCGCCCACGGGCCGGCCCACUUCCAUGGACACUUCAGCGUGUUCCGGGAGCCGCUGAAGGCGCCGCCGGGCCUGCACGGGAUGCUGGUGACGCCCCCCAGCUCGCCCCUGCUGGAUUACUUCCCCGUCGGGGGGCCGCCGGAGCACGGCAAGCCCAAGCGGGGCCGGCGGUCCUGGGCCAGGAAGCGCACGGCCACCCACAACUGUGAAUACCCGGGCUGCGGCAAGACCUACACCAAGAGCUCGCACCUCAAGGCGCACAUGCGGACACACACCGGGGAGAAGCCGUACCACUGCAACUGGGAGGGCUGCGGCUGGAAGUUUGCCCGCUCAGACGAGCUGACCCGUCACUACCGCAAACACACUGGCCACCGGCCCUUCCAGUGCCACCUGUGCGAGCGGGCCUUCUCCAGGUCGGACCACCUGGCGCUGCACAUGAAGAGACACAUGUAAUGGACAGAAACGCCUCUGGGGAUCUGGCCCCUGGCCAGGGGGGAGGGGAGACUGAACUCUAUUUAUGAAGCCACAAAAUAUUUUCUUAUUGAUGCAACUAAUUUAUGUCGCUAGCGAGGUCUGGAAAGAGCAAACACUCAGUAUUUAAAGGUAAAACCAGCUGGAUCUUCCACAGCCAUGUCUAUAUAAAUAGCUACCCAGGAGUCUGGCUGCGGAAGUGCAGAGCCCAGGGUGUAUAAUACUGUACAGAAUGAAUUGAGUAUCUUGCAUUUUUAAAGGGAUUUUUAAGCUUAUACGUUUGUUGAUUUUUUUUUCUUUUUUUUUAAAUGUUGUAAUGUAAAGACUGGGCAGCAUCGGAGUGGAUGGAGCUGGGUUAAAGUACGUUUUGUAAAAAGAAAAUCAAGCUCAGAUAAACAAGCCAGCUUCUGUAGACUGUUAGCACCUUUUUAAGCCUUCUUCAAAGGAAGACCGGAAUUGCCAGCAUAGGUCGGACCCCUGGGCCAUCUGCUGUGGUGUCACGCCAUGCUCCGCUCCCCACCCAGUUACCUAGUCUGAGGCUGGCUUAUGCCCUGAAGCAGGAUCACUUCCCAAAUGUGGGGGUAUUAACGCGGCUCCCUUCCCAUCCCACUGGUCAAGGCCCAGCUGCUGGAAUCUGAGAGUGCCUGAAAUUGCUCAGCUGCCGCUCUUUUGGAAAGUGAAUUUCUAACCCCAAAUGUGACCGGCGUGAGGACGGAAAAUGACCCACUCUGUAAAAUCUCAUGAUUUGUGAAGCAAUCUCGUGAUUGUUGGGGAGCCUGACUCCAGAUUUCUGAGCAGCACAAGGACAGGGAUCUACCUUCUUUAUACCCUUCAAGGGAGCGUUCCAAAUCCGAUUGGAAUUGCCACAGCCCCAAGCCAGCCCCUGGCCCACCGGGAGCACACCCUCCGCAGCCUGCUCCCGUGCCCAGUACAAAUCAGCUGCAUCUCCCGAAAACAGUCCUAUUUGCAAUGCCGGGUCUAGAUUUGUCUUGUCAUUUUUAACUGUGUAUUUUUGUUUGUUCCCCUUCUGCCGAAGGAUGAGCAGGAAAUCAGGUACUGCUGCAGCCCCCUUUCCAGCUGCUUCCGAAAACUUUAUUUGUGUCAAGAGGACAAGCAGUUUUGUCCACCUGUGAAUUCCCAGGUCUCCACUGUACUUGAAACCUUUCUAAAAGAGAAGGCCAAGGAGUCUUGACGUGCAGCUUCUGCCAAGUGCGUUGUGAGUUGGCAAAGAGCAGGGAUCUAGAGUGUUUGGGUUUUCUAGAACUUGUCUUCCUGCUGGGAUUCCCAGCUCAGAGAAGAGCCUGUUCCUGGCUGUGUAUAUUGUCAAUUAACAUUUCUCUGCUUGGGCGCACUGGCUCUCCCCCACUUUGAAAUGUUACUUUUCUUUAUAUGCAAACAUCGCGCUAUUGUGAUCUGAUGUAAAAUAAAUAAAUACACCUCAA